AUGGAUCAAGCGAUACAAGAUGCAAACCUAUCCAAGCUCUCUCUCGUCUGCGCAGCAGCACUCACACCUAUAUCCUUGUACGUUAUCCUACGACUACGACGCGAGUUAAAGACAGAUCGGAGAGUCACCGCGUUGGCGAUAACAUGCGUGAUUGCAAUCUUGAAUCUCAACUUGUGGUAUUUCGCAACUUGGUCUCUAUGGGAUAUGCAAUUGCCCGUGGUGGAUCAGCAAGCAAGCGCGUUGAAUGAUGCCAUUUAUGAUUUGCAAUAUAGCAAGUUUCCCGUUGCUGGUUAUGCCUGGGGCAACCACAACCGCAGCAGCAGCGACAGUGGAAAUACAUGCGACGCCAUCCUGAUCUCGAAUCGUCUGCCGGUUGAGGCUAGCCAGGCUUUGAACCUCAAUAGCGAUGAAGAUAUCCCACGCAUACGUCUGCAGCUACGUGAAAUGUCCACGAGCAACGCCGUUUACCAGUUGUUUUUCCAAGCUGGAAAAGAUGAAACCGAGGCCAAUAUCCUCAGGAACAAAUGGUUCAAGUUCUGCGGCAGUGCCGUGUGGAUGUCGCAGCACCAAGUCUAUUUCAUGGUCAACAGAAUUAUUUACGCCAAGUCGGGGCGGAGAUCAUCGCCUACAAUCUCGGUGCUUUACGCACAAGUAUUCAACUCAGAAUGGCAACAGCUUUACGAUUACAAAUUCCCCCAGCUGGAGUUGAAUUUUCCCACGAUAUUACCACACGAGAUUGACGUUGGUGAGCGUAAGGAAAAGGCUUUUAUUGGUAGCGAAGACCCCCGGGUGAUUUUGAACCAGUACCACAACGUUUCCAACCACCUAGUUCAAGAACCAGUGAUUGUAUUCAGUGCCCGCAGCUCGGAAACCAACUGGUCGCGCGCCAUGCACGUGUAUCAGCCAUUGCGCAACCCCCACAAGAUCACCAGACUAUACAUCCGCAACAAGAAGCGAAGUUUUAUUGAGAAAAACUGGGCUCCAUUCAUAGACCACCACGUGGAAGCUCCCGAUAUCGAUGCUGAUUGGGGCAACUUGGGCGAGAACAAGAUCAAUUUCAUAUACAAUUUCAGUCCGUUGCGUAUCAUCAAGUGCGAUGUGACUUCCGGUGAGUGCAAUCGUAUCUCGGGCCCCGACUUUAAUAGAGAAAAUGCCAAUGAUAACGCUGGUAAUUUACGCGGUGGCACCAAUAUUGUGGCGGUGCCUCGGGAAUAUAUCCCGCAAACGGAAACAACACAGGGGAGGAAGUAUUGGUUUGGCGUGGCGCGGUCACAUAUCAACGAUUGCGGCUGCGUCAAUGAACUUUACCGCCCCCAUUUUUUCAUCAUGUCGUGCCCGUCCACCUCCUCGUCCUCGUCUCAAGCGCCGUUUAGAUUAGACUACAUUAGCUCCUUGGUGGACUUUAACGUGAAUCCCGAAACGUGGAGCACCGAGCAGGGGAAGAGCACGUGUGGUGACGGCAAGUCGGUCUUGAUACCUAAUUCCAUAGCAUACUGGGGUCGUCGCACUACUAGUGGUAAUAGUAGUGGUGGUGGUGCCACGAGAGAAGAGGAUUACAUGGGCAUCACUUUCAGCGAGGCUGAUCGUACUAAUAAGUUGAUCCAUGUGAGGGGAUUGUUGAACUAUGUGCACCAAAUCUUGAGUGGGCCUGUGGGUGAACGCGAUGACGAUGACGAUGACGAUGGCGAUGGCGGUAGAGAUGAAACUAAGGAGGAGAUUGAUGAGUGGAACAAUGUACUUGGCAAAUGCUCGACUUUCGACUCGAGUGAAUAUUGCAAACUUGCCCAAGAAUAUCUCGAUUGGGAAAAAAAUUAA